AUGGAAACGUACGAUAAAUUGGUGAAAGUGUUCGGUGAUGAAGCCCUGAUUCGUGCUCAGGUGUUUUGAUGGCAUAAAAAUUUUAAAAAUGGUCGUGAAAGCUUCGGGGAUGAACCGCGAAGUGGGAGACCGGUUGAAGCUCGAACUGACAACAAUGUUCAGCGUGUGCGCACUCUCGUGCAUCAAGAUUACCAAUAACAAAAAAUAUUUAAAAUUGACAUUUACGAGGUGGUGCUGGACAGAAGACGAUACCUAUUAUACUGCAGCUAUGAAAAUAAUUCUGUCUCCCUGAAAUUAAUAAACAUAAUUUUAUUUUAAAUAUAAAAUAACUUGAACUUGUUUGACUUAACAACAUGUGUUGUAGCUAAAUAUACAAAAUGCCUAAUAUUAAUAUUUUAUGAUUUCAGGCGAAAUGAUCGUGUGGUUUUCUGUGAUUUUCGUCGCCACAGUUGGUUGGCUCGUAGACGGGUACAUCGAAGACUUAUGUCCAAAUUGUAACCUCUACCAAGAUUCGGCCGAGGUAAGUGCAUUUUUCUUCGUACGUUUGUAAUUUCAAUGAAUUAUUUUUGAGGGGGAGAUAGGAUAUGAGGUGGCAACUUUGUUCCGGGAACAGGGAAAUGUCCAGUUCUAGAUUAUGUCGUAAUUUUGGACGGAGAUCAGGUAUACGUGGUCCGAACGGAGAAAAGGCGUGUUUUGGGUGUACAUAGGCUUAAGGAACGAAUUAAAUUGUUCGGGAUCGGAGAGGGGCUAACGUUGCAGGUAAACUAUUAUCGAAAUUAUCCUCAAAAGGCAAACUACGUAGAUUAUUCUUGACGAAUUUUCCAUGAACCAAACUCGAUAUUAUAAUAUAAAACAUAAUGUUUAUCUAAUAAACAAUUCCAUGUGAAGCAAUUGAUUGAGGACAACUGAAUCGUUACAUAUUAUUUAAACUGCGUUGUAAAAAUAAUAAUAAUAAGCAAUGAAACGUUAUCGAUUAAAAAAAAAUAAAAUAGUAAAUAUUGAUAAUAGGUGUAUAAAUAUGUUUUAGGUUGGAAUUUCGGAAAAUAGGAUUUACAGGGUUAUCAAAUUUAUAGCUGUACGUAACGAUAAAAUAUUGCUAACGUAAUACGAUUCUGUGUCAAAUAAUGUUGAACAUGUUUUGAAUUGCCAUGCAUUUUUUAAGAUUUUCAUCAAAAUUUAAAUGAUUUAAAAAUACUACUCUAUACAUUUUCACCUGGCUAAACAAUUUUAUCCAUGCAGAAUUAAAUAAUUAUUUAAAAAAACUGGAAAAUGUCCAAUGCUUAUAACUUUAAAAUCAGCAGAAUAUUAGAAGAUUUCACUACAUCUAGAAUUAGCAAAUAAAAGUAUUUUGUAAGAAUUUUAGGUCCACCAUUAUUCUCAACCAAAUGACGUAUAAACAAAUAAACAAAUAAAAUCGUUGUUACCGUAGACUUAGAAGUUAUACAAACAAUUGUUUGUUAUUCUCAUUUCUUAUUAAAACUACAAGGAAAAAAUCAAAAAAUAGCCUUCUCAAUUUACAAACUAGAUAAAACAAAUUCUACAAGAAUAUUACGAUGAUCAAGAUUUUUGGUAGAACAUUUUUUAUGUACUCAAAUAUUAGAAAAAAUACUUAUCAUAUCUAAUGCAUUUCUCGAUUCGCCCAGGAUUCAAAUAAAAAAAAAAAACACUGCUGGUAACUGUUGCAAAAAAUAAGUCAAGAAAGUAGUAGAGGGGAAGUUUAAUGUAUAUCCGUACGCGACGAUUAACGAUUGCUAAGGUAAAAACGAUUCUGAGCGGAGUUUGGUUGAUAGUGUUGCUUUGUCAACAUAUAUAUAUAUAUAUAUAUAUAUUUGACAUAUUAUAUGGUAAAAUAAUAAUAUAUGAAUUAUGUAUCUUUAAUAAUAAUAUUUGUUCAAUAUUGUUCAUAGCUAUUUUCUCGUUUUUUCUACGGUUUUCUCAUUAUUUUUCCUGAAUUUCUUAUUUAUUGUGAAAACUAAUGAGAAAAUCUAAAAAUAACCUGUCUAAAGUACUUCCUCAGUUAGAUUUAUUUUUAGAGAAGUGCCAUCAUUGCAAAUUGGAGCAAAAUUGCUUGUAGAAAAGUUGUUCACAGAAAAAUAAAUAUAAAUCAUUGUAAAACCAAUUCAUUCCUCCCUCUACUUAGAAUCUAAAUUAAUUGUAAAAAAGUAGUUGAUUAAUAAAAAAAAAAUAAAAAAAACACCCUUUUUAAUUCAAUUAACCUUUUAUAGUAAACUUAUAAUACUAAUAUAAUAUUAUGUAUACCGUCAUAAAUAAAAUGUUGUGUUAUAUUUUGAUAUCCUAUUUUAUGCGUUUAAUGUUCAUUCAUGCAACCCACCUAUACACAUAAUACAUUUAUUUAUUUUUAGCGGAUCAUACGACUAUAGAUAGGUAUCUAAAAUAUAUUUUAUUAUUAUUCCACUGACUUCGGUUUGCUAAGGUAAGGUUAGGUUCGGUGCAGUAGUCUAACCGAAUAAUUCAAUUUCGCUAUGUCUACAUUUUCGUUCAGCAUAUUGAGUUAUGCGGAACACACAUAGUAGUAUAUAAAAUAUGACUACCAACCACUGCUGAAAUAUUAAGUUUUUCUUUAUCUACAAAAUAUCAGCAAAAUUUAUAUGAAAGGUCGCUAAAUAUAAAUGCACUUCAAUUUAGCUGCGUUUAACCUCGUUUGUUUUAUAUCGUAUGUAAUGUUAAAAUACUCAAAAUCUCGUCUAAAGUAUAUUUCAUUUUUUCAAAAAAAACGAAGUAUAAAUGUGUAUAAUGAAAUAUUGCUUAUACGAUAUUAAAUCACGGCAAUAAUUUGUAUUUUCUGUGUAAUUUUUUUUGUGAAAAUUUAGAGUUGAAUCCAAAAAUAUCACUUGACAACCAAUUGGAAUAAAAUGUAGUCAAUGAUGCGUCAAAAAGUAGAUGGAAUUCAUCUGAUAAUCAUGUCCUCGACCAUUUCAAAAGCUAUCAGUGGUUAUCACAGAAAUAAAAUCUAGGAUUGUUCAUUCGAAAUCUGAAUUCUGAAAAUCUGUAAAAUUUGGUAUUGAACUAAUUGGAACUUAAUCUUCUCGGAAAUGUUGAGAUGUAGUAUUGGAGAAGAAUGAAGUGAGUUAGUUGAACAUAAUGAAGAACAAAUUACAUCAUAUUAGAUGUAGUAAAUAAAACCAAAAAGAUAUUCGGUACGAUACAAGUUAGAAGAUGGCAUAGGAUUGGACACAUUCUGAGAACCACAGAUGACCCUCUAAUAUAAUAAUUUCCGAAUUGGAAAAACUCCUGGGAAAAUCAAAAAAUGACCUCUUUAAAGCACCUUCCUAGUAAGAUUUUUUUUUUUUUAGAAAAAGUGCUAAAAUAAUUGUAAAUUUUAAUAAUAAUUUUGGUCAAAAAGUUGUUCACAGAUAAAAAAAAAAUAAACAUCUUUGUCAAACCAUAGGCUUUUUUCUCUGUUCAGAAACUAAAACAAUAAAAUCGGUAAAGUCACGUCGUGCUGUAAAUAUUUGCCGUUUCACCUAUAAUUUUCUUUCUGGGUUUUCCAAAUUAUUUCGAAAAUCCCUUGAAAAAUCAGAAGCAUUACCUUUUUAAUGCACCAACUAAUCAAAAUUUCCUUUUAGAAAAAGUACUGUACUUUAUACAUCGAAGCCAGAUUUCUUUUCGAACAGUUGUUCACAAACAGAAAAAAAAAGCACACGUAGAUUGCUACGCUCCGAUUUUAAAUUACAACAAUAAAUAUCCAUUUAUUUCUAAGAAACAGAAUUGAUGGGGGAAAAAACCGUUUACAUUAUUAUUUUAAUUCGAUACUUGGCUACGUCCGUCCUUUAUAAUAACGUCAAGUCAUUAGAUCGUUGUAACGUCAUCGUAGUAUGACACAAUCGGCUGAUGGAAUUUAAAAAUGCUGUGCAACUAAAUAAAGAGCACCGCCGCUGUAGGAUUAUAACUUUCUAAGAAAUUAAUUUAAAGAAAGUGUUUCUAUAGAAUAAAAUAUUGUGUUUGUGCUUUCCGCUUCGCCAUUCAGUUGACAAAAGUGUCCAUGUGUAAAAAAAGACUGGGAGUGAUUUCUUUUAAUUUUUUUUUUUUUUUGUAAUCGAACGACAAUUAUAUUAUUUUAUUUUCGUGUUUUCUAAUAUAGGUACCGUUGAGAAAAUAGCAAACGGGAAUGUUUUUUUUUUUUUUAUUGGAAAGUGCAAGGAAUUUCUUAAAACUUAGCACUAUGCAUAUUUACCGUUGAAUCAGGUAGUGUAUUGACAGACCCUAUUUGAAUCCAGCCCAAACGGUAGGUUUGUAAUUGUUAAUACACAACCCGUUACGGUUUAACAUUGGCUAGGAGACUAUAUCCUGAAUAGGUUUUCAGUUUAAACUUAGGAUGUCAGAGCAAUAUUGGGUCCUAAAACCUACUAAUGGUACUUAAAAAGUCAAUUAGAUUACGUUUCUAACUAAUCCAGCCGGUUGUCUCGGCACAAUAAUAUUGUUCUUUUUUUUAUCCCUUUAUUGUCUUUUACGUUAUUUAAACCUUCCAGUAUAAUCUUAUUUUCUCAAUUUCCAUAAAACGCAUACCAGUUAAUCACCGUUCUGUCGUCGUUUCCGUAACAAAACAGCAGAGGAAAACGAUUAUUAUUUGAUACGCGAGUAAAAUAUUAUUUCGAUUUAACGUUAAAAGAGAAAAUUGAUGUACAUAUAAGAGUUAAGAGCGAAAACAAAAUGAUUGAAUGAUAAUGAAAUUGAAGUGAAAUAAAAUAUAAAUGACAUCAAAGACAGACGUACUUCACACCAUGAGCAGGACAAUGUUCUAGGUGAGAAAUUUUAAUAAUGAGGGAGUAAAAAGUAAUUAAAUUUAUAAGCCGAAAAAUCGGAACAAAAAUAGCUGAUAUUGGAGAUGGGUGUACCACUAUUUUAGGGCAAAAGUUGGGAAGGCAAGAUAUAUAAAGUAACCAUCAUAUAUAAAAAAUUUAAAUAUUAAAUUGGAAGGCUAUCCAAUUAUUCGUUUUUCAUUUUUUGUCUUUUUCUGGUGUUCCCAAUUUUUAUUUAAACUACUUAGAAAAAAAGACCUCUCUAAUUCACCAACUAGAUAAAAUGUCCUUUCAGAAAAAGUACUACCUACACUUAUUAAAUCGGUGUAAGUUUUUUUUUUUUUGAAUAGUUGUUUACAGAUAGAAAAAAAAACAAAUAAGUAAAACCAAUAGAUCCCUCACUACUCUCCGAAUCUACAUCACAAUCAAAAAACAAUUCUCACGAAAUAAUAUUUAGUAAAAUAAUAGUAAUAAUAAUAAAAUAAAGUAAAAACAAAAUUAUUAAAAUGAUUAAUACUCGUAACUAAAUAAUUUAAAUAAAUAUAGUAUACAAAUAUUUAUAUAUAAAAAUAAAAUAAAUAAAUGAAUCAAUGCGUCGCCUGGAAUAUUAUAAUAAGUAUAUUAUACGUCCGAUUUCGAAUUAAAAUUUCAUCAUCAGGUAUAUCACAGCUAAAAUGCAAAAUGUAAAACUGUGCAGUCGCAUUGAUGAUGAAUUUUUAAUUCGAAAUCGGUCGUAUAAUACACGCAACAUUAUACUCCAGGUGAGGCGCUGAUUCAUUUAUUUAUUUUAUUUUAUUAUUAUUCAUUUUAUUUAUUUUAGAUAAUAUUUGUCGUGUUUUCCUUUUUGCAAUCAAUGUGUAACCCAAAAAUCAACAAACGUUAAACUUAUGUAUCGAAAUUUAUUGUUAGUUAUUUGAAUUAUAUAGGAAAUCUUAGAACUUUUUCCUUUACAGAUAUUUAAUAUAAAAUUUGUAUGAAAUUAUGUUUCCAAUUCUGAAAUUUAUAUAAAACCCUUGUCCAAUAAAAGAACAAGUAACCGUUUAGGUGGAUCUCUAAAAUUAACUUUUCUAAUAGCUUCGUUAUACCAUUGGUAUAAUGGAAAUUUUGUCCAAAGAUCAUGAUAAAUAUUGUUUUACAAUUGGAAAAAUUUUGAACCUCGAAGUUUUAAUUUUUUCGCUUCCUUUAAUCAUAUAAUUGAUGUUUAAAUUACGGGAACCAACAGUUAUUCUGCACAAAAAGAUGCUUCAUAAACAUAUAGGUUUAUGUAAUUAUUAGGUACAGAAUAAUUACUUGUGAUAGUAACAAGCCACACUAAACCACUUGUAAUCAGAAUAUUUCAUAAUACAAUGCAAUGGAAUAUUAAUUAUAAAAUAAUUAUAAAUACCUAUGAAAUUAAUUUGCAUAAAUUCAAAUUUGUAUAAUGCAUUGUAUUUUGAUAAUUUUAUCUUUAAAAAUAAUUGUCUUUUAUUAAAAAAAAUUACAAUGAAAAUUAAAAAAUAUCCUUCCCAAUCACCAUGUAGACAAAGUUCGUUACUGAAAAUCCCAGUGAUGUGUAUGAACAAGGUUUCUGGUCGAAAAUUUGUUUACAGACAGUACUUAAAAAAAGCUGAUACUACUAAUGUGUGCAACUGUUUAUGGUAGAACGACUAAAAUUUAGAGAUGGUAGGAUGUAUAUUAGGUGUAUAAUUUUCAUUUAAAUAAUAAUAAUCUAUACAUUCUAAGAUGAAGUACAUCAGUUCUUUGUAAAAUUACCGUUGAGCUAUAAAUAAAUAAAUAAAUAAAUAAAGACAAACAAUAAAUACAGAAAAACAACUACUUUACUUAUCACCAUAUAUUUAUAUUUAAGAAGUAUUAUCCUAUUUUUAUUUUACUAUUGAGUGAAUUAUUUUAAUGUUCAAUAUUUUUCAUGAACUCUUUGUGUACAAAUAUAAUUUAUAAUUAUCACUACAUACAUGCCCAAUAAUUAUAAUAUAAUAAUAAUAAUAAUAAUAAUAAUAAUAUAAUUGAGUUAUAUGUAUGAAAUUCGUUUUUAAAAUAUCUUCGUGUUCGAUGAUUUUUUUUCAUUAUUAUUUAUUUAUUUAAUUUUUAUCUUAACCUUUUCUCUGAACGCUUUUAAGUCUCACGAAAAACUAUUCAAAACGCGAUUUAAUCACACCAUCGCUGUUACUUUAAUUUUUUCGAAACCUGUAGAUUCGAAGUUAUUAUUUUAAAUAAGUACUAUCUGACCCGGCAAUGCUUUGCUAUAACUAGAUAAUAGUGUAAAUAACAGUAGUAAUAAUAAUAAUAAUAAUAAUAAUAAUAAUAAUAAUUUGUUUGUGACGAUCGCAUUAUUAUCCAUGUCACUAAGUUAUACUAUAAAUUGAUAAAUAAAAUAAAAUAAAUGUUUCAAAAAUAUUAACACCAUCUCUCUUUUGGAGUUAACUAGACCUAUUUUUUGAUUUCAAUCAUAUCACCAAGUUAACCCACGAAAAAAAAAAAUAAAUAAAUAAGCAAUUUGUACCAAAAACAAUUAAAAACUCCUUGUUCCAUUGAAUGGCCAGAUUCAUUCAAUGGUUUGGGAUAAGCGAUGGCGAAUUAGUCAGCCAGGACAUAUUACUUUAUAUACCAUAUAGAAGAUAUUAUUAUGUUUUAAGAAAACAAGAAAAAUAAACGAUGCAUACAUGACAUGUCUAUAGAUACAUGUAUUGUAUUACAAUAGGUGAUCUAAAAAAGCGAAAUCGAGUUUUCGUUUGUUGAAAAAUGCAAACAUAAAAAUAAUAUUUUUUAGCAAUUUUUAUUGUAGUUUCUACUUAUUUAUUUGUAUCAGUUACAUAUUUUAAAAUACUAAAACAAAAAACAGUUUUUUCAAAUAGAAUGUCACCACUAUAAUAAUGUAAUUAUAUUGCUAUUUUUUAAAAAUCUAGUUUGAUGUCAACGAUGGGUUUUACCGAAAAUUGACAUGGGUCGACUAUUAGAGUAUUAUAAUAUUAUAGGAACGGCCGUCUUUUAGAGAAGUGCUGAAACGGCAAAAACGUCAACAUCAGAUGAAAAUAUAUGUCGACUAGGCGAUAAUUUCGUCUUGUUAUAAUAAUACGAUUUAUAUAUUACAGAAAACGAUAGAAUAUUAUUAUUAGUAUUAUUACUAUCGAAAGGUUUUAUCAACUGACGACGGCGACCGUUUUCGUGUAUACUCGGCCAAUCAUCGAGUACGGAUCUCUCGUCUCCAGAGGUUUUCUUACGUUGAUCCGUCCGCCAACGUCAGAGUUCGUUUCCCGUAGUUUCCGUUGCCGGGGCAUCAUCAGUCGCCCGUCUCAUAUCCGAAACCUAUUUAUUUCCGGUAAUAUUUGCAUACUAUUUAAUACUUAUAACGGAGGCCGCGGUCUCAUAACAACUGCAAGCCUAAGGCUUUAAAGACUAGUCGUUUUUAAAGACAUAUUUGUUGUAGUUUUUGCUUUAUUGUCAGGCAGUUACAAUUAUAAAUCGGCGACGAAAAACUGUGACGGUAAAAAAACGUGUUUUUAGAGAAGGAAAAAUUAUGAACAGCGAGUCUGAUGUAAACGAAAUCCACGGUGAAGAAGUAUUAGAGACCGAAGGAAAAGUAACUAGAUCGUGGUCUAUUGUUAUUAAGAAUAUAUUAUGAAAAAGUGAUGGGUGUAAAAGGCAAGAAUAAGAAAAGCUGACGCCACUUAUCUAACCUGACCUGACCUCGAUGAAAAGUACGUUCUAAUAAUAAAUCAAUCUGACGACGAGCAAUAGCAUUUAAAUUUCAAGUGAAUUUUUAAAUAUAUCAUAUUUUUAUCGAGAAUAGUAUAGGAUAAAUAGCAUAAUUUUUGUCGAAUUGAAUUUAAUAAUCCGUCCGAUAAAAAUACACUGGUGACAUUGUGCAGUAUUCUUGAAGUUCGAAUAUAAUAUUAAAAAAGAGGAAAUAAUAAUAAUAUUCAAUAAGCAUACAAAUAAAAAUACUAUAUAUUUUCCCCGGUGGUCCCGUUUAUAGGAUCCAGUCUAUAAAAAAAUAAGUCGUAAAAACAAGCUGUGAAUUUUUUAUUGUAAAACUGCAUCAUUAACGUAUAAUAAUUAUUCACAAUACUCGUUUUGCAUCCGAAUUUUAAGUAUCGUUUUUCGAUAGAAAUACAUAAUUUAUAUUAUACAGUAUGCGUGAGAAAAUAUUGUAAUUAAGAUUAUGUAUUUCGAAUGAAAACAGUUUGAAAAAUGCCAAUUCAUCACUAUAUGAAGACGUUAGUGGAGGCGACCGAAAAAUUAUUGACGUUUUUGUAUAAGAUUUAUUUUUCUUUCUUUAUUCUCCGGUACCCAUAUAAUAUAUGGAUUGACGUGUUAUUUUGCUAGCUUUAUCAACUCGUCGGCAGCUUUUGCGCUGCUUUCGAACGGGCAUUUAAAAUAUCACACCAAAGGUGUCUAAAUUACCUCAACCGUAUUGUUCUGUCAGUAUAUAUUUUAUAAUCGGCUUGGGAUACCACGGGGGUGCGAAAGGUCGUAUACAGAAUCAAAACGCUGAAUUUAAUUGUUUCAGUUCUCGCGGUGUAUUCGUACCGUCCGAUUCAGGGCAACGUCGCCGUACAUCACUCUCUUCCCUUCCAAUUUCGGUAAAAAAAAAAAGAGUAAAAGAAGAAACAAAAAACUAUUUAUACGGAAUAAACGGAAUAAAAAUCACGUCGGCAUCGUUUUUUUCGUGAUACGUGACAUAUCCGUGGCACGUCCGGGGGGAAAAAUAACAAUGGCCGUUUCGCAUCGUUAUUAUCAUUAUUUUGGACACAUUAACCCUGAGGUAGGUCACUAUAGACAAUUAUAAUCGUAUAAAAACGUGCUCAGAGACGGGUUUUCGUUUUCGUUUUCCCGGUAGGUAAUCCACGUACCGUUAUAUGCGGAAUUCGAAUACCUACGUUAAUAUCGUCAGGAACCGGAAUCCGACCCUAAAUCAAAAGUGACGACACGCUCAUGUGUGCUCGGUCUUCUUGGUAAAAAUAGUUUUUACGAUACUAUCUAUAUACGUAAUGCGUAUCGUACAAUGAACACCCUUCGAAACGAAAAUCGGACCGAUCGUGACAACGAUGACGUAUUUAAAGUUUCGGAUCUAUGGUCGGAGGAAAAAGCAGGUGGCUAUCCUUUCUCCGAACACCGUUGGUAA